CCGUCGACGAGAACGCCCCCGAAGUACCCACCGCCACAGAACCCAAUUCUGCCGUAGGUACCGAACUAUCGGAAGAGAACGACAUACCACUCAUGCCUGAGAUGGACGAUGAUCUUAUGCCCAUGGAAGACCUAGUGCCUAUGGACGGAGACGAGCCCAGCCCUAAACGCAUACGACUGGACGGGGAUGAGGCUGAGGCUGAGGCUGAGGUUGAGGGCCAGGGUCAAGUGGUGGUGAAUGAGGACGGGGUUGGGUUGGAUUUGAGCCUGGAUGUAGUGGCCGAAGGCCCCAAUGCGGAUCAGGAG